GCUUCUUCUUGCCCAAUGGGAGUCGGCGCCCGAGCGUGGAGGGGCGGGGAGCACAGGGGAAACUUGGUUACGUUGCGAGAAGGGGGCGGGGCCUGCAACGUCGGAGAGAACGAGGGGACGCAACGGAGGCAGGCCGGAGCCGCUGCCGUCGCCAUGACCCGCGGUAACCAGCGUGAACUCGCCCGCCAGAAGAAUAUGAAAAAGCAGAGCGACUCGGUUAAGGGAAAGCGCCGAGAUGACGGGCUGUCUGCUGCCGCCCGCAAGCAGAGUGCCCCAUCAUCUCUACCCCCAGGGACUCGGAGAUCAUGCAGCAGAAGCAGAAAAAGGCAAACGAGAAGAAGGAGGAACCCAAGUAGCUUUGUGGCUUCGUGUCCAACCCUCUUGCCCUUCGCCUGUGUGCCUGGAGCCAGUCCCACCAUGCUCGCGUUUCCUCCUGUAGUGCUCACAGGUCCCAGCACCGAUGGCAUUCCCUUUGCCCUGAGUCUGCAGCGGGUCCCUUUUGUGCUUCCUUCCCCUCAGGUAGCCUCUCUCCCCCUGGGCCACUCCUGGGGGUGAGAGGGUUACCUCUUCCCAGUGUUUUUUAUUCCUGUGGGGCACACCCCAAAGUAUUAAAAGUAGCUUUGUAAUUCCUUGA